AUGGACCACUCCAGAUCUCAUGAUCUGGCAUUUUGUGUUCCGACCGGUCUGGGCCACCUGGCCGACGCGCACUCGGCCACCGCCCAUCUACUCCAGCCAUUGCAAGACACUUGCUCCUCGUUGGCCCCGUUGCAGUCGCCGUUUGAUCAGCUACACCAGGCCUUCUACCCCAGCCAUGUCUCACUACAUGACCCGAUUCCCUUGCCCUCCACCAAGCUCCCCAAAUUGGAAUUGGCAUCGUGUAAAGAGGAAACCGAGGAAGAAGGAGAUACCCAUGCUGAAACAGAGGCCCCACCGAUCAAGGGAAAUAAGCCGAGACGACAACGAACACAUUUCACUAGCCAUCAACUGAAUGAGCUGGAGAGCUGGUUUCAACGGAAUCGAUACCCGGAUAUGGCCACGCGAGAAGAGAUUGCCAUCUGGAUCAGCCUCACCGAGCCGAGGGUCAGGGUAUGGUUCAAAAAUCGACGCGCCAAGUGGCGCAAACGGGAACGCAACUAUGUCACCGACGUCAAGGGAAUGCAGUCGACAACCGCAACAGGAGGGUCGAUGGGCGCCUCGAUGAGCCUGCCCCCAUCCAUUCCGUCAAUGUCGACGCUUGGCGGACUUCACUCCGGGCUUGGCGGGCUUGGCACGAUACAAGUGCAAGGCAGCUUCACCCAGACCCUCAUCCCGCACAACCAGAUCGACUCGUUCUACGGUUACGGUGACCCAACAGGCUGGCACACAUACCAGACCCGUGCCCCAACAGCUGCCACAUUCAAUUGGACGGUCAAGGGCCAAUUCCCGUCCCCCUCUUCAAUGCCCGUCGUCCCAUCGUCCGCCUCGGCCACGACGUUCACCAACCUACAACAACAACAACAACAACAACACAACCCCGCGCCAACGUCCGACGUGAAACCCCUGAAACCCGCGCUCACCGAUUCCACAUACAUGAAUUGCCCAUAUUCUGGUCCGCUU